UGACUGAAGAGCAUGAAGCAACUAUAUUUAUUUUUGCAGAAGAGCGACAUGUCAAAACAAUCUUAUAAACGUGGUAUCCCUCAUAAUUCGUGGCAGUAAUCUACGCGGCAAGCAGACAACUCGACUCUGUGAUACAGACACAAUCUUGGAGUGAGACAAGAAUGGGUGACGGACAAGCCGGAAGCGUUAUCAACAUCAACGGGAGUGCGGGUGGGCAGCUGCCAGCGACAGCGAAUUCUCCGACCUUGACGCGAAAGUCUUCUGUAGCGGAACUGCCGCCGGAACUGCGGAUCCUGUGCUUUGACCUGACACACUACAACCGGACAACGCAGUUUCUGCUGAGCUGUGCAGGCGUCUUCAUACUCUACAUACUUUAUGGCUAUCUGCAGGAGCUCAUAUUCACAGUGGAGGGAUUCAAGCCGUACGGCUGGUUCCUCACGCUCGUCCAGUUCGGAUACUACAUUGGCUUCGGCUUGGUGGAACGCCGCCUGGAGGCCUACAGGACGGGGAGGCGUUCAUUGUGGAACGUUGAGCCAGCGCCACGUUGCAUUCCAAUGAAAACAUACCUGGUUCUGGCUGCUCUGACUUUGGGCACCAUGGGCCUGUCCAACUCCAGCCUGGGCUACCUCAAUUAUCCCACCCAAGUGAUUUUCAAGUGCUGCAAGCUGAUUCCAGUGCUUGUGGGCAGCAUCCUCAUACAGGGCAAGCGAUAUGGACCUCUGGACUUCGCGGCUGCCAUCUGCAUGUGUAUCGGUCUGGCCUGGUUCACUCUGGCCGACUCCCAGAUGACACCCAACUUUAAUCUCCUGGGCGUGGCCAUGAUUUCGGGUGCCCUGCUGUGUGAUGCGGCCAUCGGCAAUGUCCAGGAGAAGGCCAUGAGGGAGCACAAGGCGCCCAGCAGCGAAGUGGUCUUCUAUUCUUAUGGAUUGGGUUUCGUAUAUCUCUUUGUGGUCAUGCUGAUUACUGGCAACUUUUUCAGUGGAUUCGCUUUCUGCUUAGAGCAUCCCCUGCAAACCUUCGGUUAUGGGUUCCUAUUCAGUCUCUCCGGCUAUUUGGGCAUACAAUUCGUGUUGGCGCUGGUGAGAAGCAGCGGUGCCCCCAUAGCUGCGACAGUGACAACCGCUCGCAAGGCUGUGACCAUUGCCUUUUCCUUUAUGCUCUUUAGCAAACCCUUCACAGUGCAAUAUCUUUGGUCUGGCCUGGUAGUUGUGGUCGGCAUCUAUCUCAACGUAUACAGCAAAAAGAAAAAACUGACGUUUGCAGACAUCCGCUCUAGAUUCAAGCAAUUCGGCUCCAGGCUGCCUCGUUCGCCAAGUCGCAAAUUCCUCAUCGAAGUAUAAUUAGAAUACCAAAAAUAAGCACGAAUUUUGAGUCAAAUCGGAACAACCGCCUUCUACACGAAAGCUAUGUACUACAAUUACUUAAUUAUAUACUAUACAAAUCA